GCAGGAGUAAUGAGCUGCCCAAAAAUCAAGCCGCCAUUCCCUACACUGCCUAAUAGCGCUAUGAUCGAGCGCGAACUCUGUGCGACGUCCCUUCUGGUUACGCCCCCUUCGGCUGCGUGCUGCGUCACUGCGCUUGCAUACUCUGUCGUCUUGGCAACAAGAGCCCGGGAAAACGGGGCUACAGUAGUGAAUGAGCGGGAUAAUUGAACUGCACACCGGGGAUAGUGUGCCGUGUUAUGAAAGUCGGGACUGUCCCGCUGGGAGGUGUAGCAGUAGCACUGCUGUGGGAAAAUGGCAAGCACGGCCCCAGGGAGCUAAGUCUUAUGGACAAGCAGAUCCGCAAACUUCCUGCCCAAACUUAGAACAGACUACACUGAAAGCAAGGAGAGAUACGGAUUUCACUACAGAAAGUGACUUUGAAAGUGCAAAGGAUAACAGAAAGGGUAGUACAACAAGAACCCCUGGGUGUCGUAAAACAAGCCAGGCUUCUAAGCAUCAGAAGCAUCAGGCUAGCCAGCAGUCGAAAGGCAGGACAUCUGUCGGUAGUGAGCCAAAACAGAAUGUAUCAAGGAAACAACCUCUUUCAAAGACUCAGAGAAAAGCAGAUAUUGAGACUAGUGUGUCAUCUGGGUGAACAGACAAUACAGGACAGGUACCUGGAAAGCCCCAUGCUCUAGAAGGGAGUCUAAAAAAAGAAAGGGAAGCUCAUCAGAAAUGCAACCAAGGACUCUACAUACAGAGCACUUGUGCAAGAACUGGACCAGGAACGAGAAAGGAGGUGGAAGGCUGAACAAGUUGUCCUGAAGUUAACAGAUAGUAUAAAGGAACUACAAAACCAG